AUGAGUGGAAUACCGCCCCCACCUCCUGGUUUUGAAGAGAACGAAGACUUAGCAUUUCCACCUCCACCUCCUCCUCCGCCUCCUGGAUUCGAGUUUGAAGGAUUGAAUAAUCCAUUGAAACCACCACCGGUUAAUGAUGAUCCUUUUUUUCCACCUCCACCACCGCCUCCAGGUGCCUUUGAAGUAAAUAUUGAGCGUACUAUGGGAACCGCUCUACCACCGCCACCUCCACCACCCUCAGACCCUGAUGGAUUUGAGUUCAGCACAGAUAAUAAUGACAAAUUACGUGGGAAAAGGAAAUUAGGCACAUUGAAAGGAUCGUUUAUCACUAGGAAAGAAAGAAAACGUCAAAAAAAAUUGGCCAAGACGGCAGGCACAGACAACUUGUAUACUCCAAAAGCCGAGAUGCCUCCUGAACAUCUGAGGAAGAUUAUCAACAGCCAUAGUGACAUGGCUUCCAAAAUGUACAAUACAGACAAAAAAGCCUUUCUGGGCGCUUUGAAGUAUUUACCACAUGCUAUUCUGAAAUUGUUAGAGAACAUGCCUCAGCCAUGGGAGCAAGCUAAAGAAGUAAAAGUUUUAUAUCAUACUUCAGGAGCCAUAACAUUUGUGAAUGAAACGCCAAGAGUCAUAGAGCCUGUAUAUACUGCACAGUGGUCAGCCAUGUGGAUAGCGAUGAGAAGAGAAAAGCGAGAUAGAACUCACUUUAAAAGAAUGAGAUUUCCGCCUUUCGAUGAUGACGAACCACCCCUGUCUUAUGAACAGCACAUAGAAAACAUUGAACCAUUGGAUCCCAUAAAUCUUCCCUUGGAUUCUCAAGACGAUGAAUAUGUUAAGAAUUGGCUCUACGAUUCCCGACCAUUGGAGGAAGAUAGUAAAAAAGUGAAUGGUACAUCCUACAAAAAAUGGAAUUUUGAAUUACCUGAAAUGUCAAAUUUAUAUAGACUAUCAACGCCACUGAGAGACGAAGUAACUGAUAAAAAUUACUAUUAUCUUUUCGAUAAAAAAACUUUCUUGAAUGGAAAGGCCCUUAAUAAUGCAAUCCCAGGUGGGCCAAAAUUUGAGCCCUUAUACCCAAGAGAAGAGGACGAAGACUACAAUGAAUUCAACUCUAUUGACAGAGUGAUAUUUAGGGUUCCUAUAAGAAGCGAAUACAGGGUGGCAUACCCUCACCUAUAUAAUUCAAGACCUCGUUCAGUGAAAAUUCCUUGGUAUAAUAAUCCAGUGUCGUGCAUUAUUCAGAACGACGAAGAUUACGAUACAUCCGCAUUUUUCUUCGAUCCAUCCUUAAAUCCAAUACCUCGUCUUGUUGAUGAUACUACGUCCAGUAACACAUCAAAAGCAGAAGAGAUUGAGGAUUUUACUCUACCUGAACAUUUUGCGCCUAUUUUGGCUGAGGAAGAAGAGAUCGUCUUACCAAAUACAAAAGACGCUAUGGCAUUAUACAACGCGCCCUUUCCUUUCAAUAGAACUCAAGGAAAAAUGGUAAGGGCACAAGAUGUUGCUCUGGCUAAAAAAUGGUUUUUACAGCAUCCCGAUGAAGAAUAUCCCAUUAAAGUUAGAGUAUCUUACCAAAAAUUACUAAAAAACUACGUGCUUAAUGAAUUACACAGUUCUCCGGCUACAGGCCACAGCAAAACGAAAUUACUGAAGAACCUGAAAAACACCAAAUAUUUUCAGCAAACAACGAUUGACUGGGUGGAGGCAGGACUCCAGUUGUGCCGUCAAGGACACAAUAUGUUAAAUUUACUAAUACACAGAAAGGGCCUGACUUAUUUACACCUCGACUAUAAUUUCAACUUAAAACCAACGAAAACCUUAACGACAAAAGAACGUAAGAAAUCAAGACUUGGAAACUCAUUUCACUUAAUGCGAGAGUUACUUAAACUAAUGAAACUGAUCGUUGAUACACACGUGCAAUUCAGAUUAGGAAAUGUUGACUCUUUCCAAUUAGCAGACGGCAUACAUUAUAUUUUAAACCACUUAGGACAGCUCACUGGUAUUUAUCGUUAUAAAUAUAAAGUAAUGCAUCAAAUUCGUGCAUGCAAGGAUCUAAAACACGUCAUUUAUUACAAAUUCAAUAAAAACUUGGGUAAGGGGCCUGGUUGUGGAUUUUGGCAACCUGCAUGGAGAGUUUGGCUAAGCUUUCUAAGAGGCACCAUACCACUACUCGAAAGAUAUAUCGGUAACCUAAUCACGCGUCAAUUUGAAGGGCGUUCCAAUGAAAUCGUUAAAACUACAACUAAACAAAGACUUGAUGCAUAUUACGACCUCGAAUUAAGGAACUCGGUCAUGGAUGACAUUCUGGAAAUGAUGCCCGAGAGUAUCCGGCAGAAAAAGGCAAGAACUAUACUGCAACAUUUAAGUGAAGCGUGGAGGUGUUGGAAAGCCAAUAUUACUUGGGACGUUCCUGGGAUGCCAGCUCCAAUCAAAAAAAUAAUUGAGCGGUACAUUAAAGCCAAAGCCGAUGCCUGGGUAUCAGCGGCUCAUUAUAAUCGAGAACGCAUAAAGCGGGGCGCUCACAUCGAAAAGAUUGUGGUUAAGAAAAACCUUGGACGACUAACGAGGCUUUGGAUCAAACAUGAGCAGGAACGGCAAAAGCAAAUACAGAAAAACGGUCCUGAGAUAACUCCUGAAGAAGCUACGACAAUAUUCUCUGUUAUGGUUGACUGGCUUGAAUCAAGGAGUUUUUCGCCGAUACCAUUUCCACCUUUGACCUACAAAAAUGAUACCAAAAUUCUGGUUCUUGCGCUGGAAGACUUGAAGGAUGUUUAUGCAUCAAAAGUGCGUUUAAAUGCAUCUGAAAGAGAAGAACUUGCCUUGAUAGAAGAGGCUUAUGAUAAUCCUCAUGAUACUCUAAACAGAAUCAAGAAAUACUUAUUGACACAGCGCGUUUUUAAGCCUGUUGAUAUAACUAUGACGGAGAACUACCAGAACAUCUCUCCCGUUUAUUCAGUUGAUCCAUUGGAAAAGAUUACAGAUGCAUAUCUCGAUCAGUAUUUGUGGUACGAAGCUGAUCAACGAAAGCUUUUCCCUAACUGGAUAAAACCAAGUGAUUCAGAGAUUCCGCCUCUCCUGGUAUAUAAGUGGACCCAGGGUAUAAACAACUUAUCUGAAAUUUGGGAUGUGACCAGAGGUCAAUCUACAGUUUUACUUGAGACCACGCUAGGUGAAAUGGCCGAAAAAAUUGACUUGACUUUACUUAAUAGAUUACUUCGUCUGAUUGUGGACCCAAAUAUUGCUGACUACAUCACUGCAAAAAAUAAUGUUGUCAUUAACUUCAAGGAUAUGAGCCACGUUAACAAAUAUGGUUUAAUACGUGGAUUAAAGUUUGCCUCUUUCAUAUUUCAAUAUUAUGGAUUAGUUAUAGACCUGUUAUUACUGGGUCAAGAGAGAGCUGCAGAUUUGGCUGGCCCAGCUAACAAUCCAAACGAAUUUAUGCAAUUCAAGAGCAAAGAUAUAGAAAAGGCGCAUCCGAUCAGACUUUACACCAGAUAUUUGGAUCGUAUAUAUAUGAUCUUUCACUUUGAAGAAGAUGAGGGGGAUGAACUAACUGAUGAAUACUUGAGGGAAAAUCCAGAUCCAAACUUUGAAAACAGCAUCGGAUAUAAUAAUAAAAGGUGUUGGCCCAAAGAUUCACGUAUGAGAUUAAUCCGCCAGGACGUAAACCUAGGGCGAGCUGUGUUCUGGGAAGUUCAAGGCAGGGUACCGAAUUCAUUAACAUCCAUUAAAUGGCAAAGUGCAUUCGUUUCGGUGUACAGCAAAAGCAAUCCGAAUUUGCUCUUCUCUAUGUGUGGAUUUGAAGUUAGAAUUUUGCCAAGACAAAGGAUGGAGGAAGUGGUUUCUAAUGACGAAGGUGUUUGGGAUUUAAUUGACGAAAAAUCAAAGCAAAGGACAGCAAAAGCAUACUUGAAAGUAUCUCAAGAAGAAAUCGAUAAAUUCGACAGCAGAAUAAGAGGUAUACUAAUGGCAUCCGGUUCAACUACCUUCACCAAAGUCGCCGCAAAAUGGAACACCUCGUUGAUAUCCCUUUUUACUUACUUCAGAGAAGCUAUCGUGGCUACAGAACCUUUACUAGAUAUCCUCGUAAAAGGAGAAACACGAAUUCAAAAUCGUGUUAAACUAGGUCUUAAUUCAAAAAUGCCAACAAGAUUUCCACCUGCCGUUUUCUAUACGCCAAAGGAACUUGGUGGUUUAGGUAUGAUUAGUGCGUCUCAUAUUUUAAUCCCCGCAUCGGAUUUGAGUUGGUCAAAACAGACUGAUACGGGAAUCACCCAUUUUCGUGCUGGUAUGACACAUGAGGACGAAAAAUUGAUCCCUACGAUUUUCCGUUACAUCACUACCUGGGAAAAUGAAUUCUUGGACUCUCAAAGGGUGUGGGCAGAAUAUGCAACGAAGCGACAGGAGGCUAUUCAGCAGAAUAGAAGAUUGGCUUUUGAAGAGCUUGAAGGAUCAUGGGAUCGUGGUAUACCACGUAUUAGUACCUUGUUCCAGAGAGAUAGACACACUCUGGCUUAUGAUAGGGGUCACAGAAUUCGUAGAGAAUUUAAGCAAUACUCUUUAGAAAGGAAUAGUCCAUUUUGGUGGACAAACUCCCACCAUGAUGGUAAAUUAUGGAACCUGAAUGCAUAUAGAACCGACGUUAUUCAGGCCCUCGGAGGUAUUGAAACCAUUUUGGAACAUACUCUAUUCAAGGGAACAGGCUUUAAUUCAUGGGAAGGUUUAUUCUGGGAAAAAGCAUCAGGUUUUGAGGAUUCCAUGCAAUUCAAAAAGUUGACUCAUGCUCAAAGAACCGGUUUAAGCCAAAUUCCAAACCGUAGAUUCACUUUAUGGUGGUCACCAACUAUUAAUAGGGCAAACGUGUAUGUUGGUUUUUUGGUGCAGUUAGAUCUGACCGGUAUUUUCCUUCAUGGUAAAAUUCCCACACUAAAGAUAUCUUUAAUACAAAUUUUCCGUGCUCAUUUGUGGCAAAAGAUACAUGAAAGUAUAGUUUUUGAUAUUUGCCAAAUUCUUGAUGGAGAGCUAGAUGUUUUACAAAUCGAAUCUGUAACGAAAGAAGCCGUUCAUCCUCGUAAAUCAUACAAAAUGAACUCAUCAGCCGCAGAUAUCAUUAUGGAAAGUGUCUUUAAAUGGGAAGUUUCAAAACCUUCCCUAUUGCAUGAAACAAAUGAUAACUUUAAGGGUUUAGUCACCAAUAAGAUGUGGUUUGAUGUGCAAUUGAGAUAUGGUGAUUAUGAUUCCCAUGAUAUAUCUCGUUACGUAAGAGCGAAAUUCCUGGACUAUACGACGGAUAACGUAAGCAUGUACCCCUCACCAACAGGUGUCAUGAUUGGUAUUGAUUUGGCUUAUAACAUGUACGAUGCCUAUGGUAAUUGGUUUGACGGAUUGAAGCCUUUGGUGCAAAAUAGUAUGAGAACAAUUAUGAAAGCUAACCCAGCACUAUAUGUCCUUCGCGAGCGUAUCAGAAAAGGUCUUCAAAUAUAUCAGUCUAGUGUACAGGAGCCGUUUUUAAACUCUUCAAACUAUGCUGAAUUAUUCAAUAACGAUAUUAAACUUUUCGUGGACGACACUAAUGUUUAUAGAGUCACUGUGCACAAGACCUUUGAGGGAAACGUUGCCACGAAGGCAAUCAAUGGUUGUAUUUUUACUUUAAACCCUAAAACUGGCCAUCUAUUCUUGAAAAUUAUCCAUACUUCUGUAUGGGCCGGUCAAAAACGUUUAAGUCAGUUGGCAAAAUGGAAAACGGCCGAAGAAGUUAGUGCUCUUGUAAGAUCAUUACCUAAAGAAGAACAACCAAAACAAAUCAUUGUCACGAGAAAGGCAAUGCUUGACCCUUUAGAAGUUCAUAUGCUUGACUUCCCUAACAUAGCGAUCAGGCCGACGGAGCUAAGGUUACCAUUUUCAGCUGCGAUGUCAAUAGAUAAACUUUCUGAUGUUGUCAUGAAAGCCACUGAACCUCAAAUGGUUCUUUUCAACAUUUAUGAUGAUUGGUUGGAACGCAUUUCUUCGUACACGGCAUUUUCAAGGCUUACAUUACUUUUGAGAGCCCUGAAAACAAAUGAAGAAGGUGCUAAAAUGAUUUUACUCAGUGAUCCAACGAUCCCUAUCAAAUCAUACCAUUUAUGGCCCUCAUUCACUGACGAACAAUGGAUUAAUAUUGAAUCUCAAAUGAGAGAUUUGAUUUUGACAGAGUACGGCAAAAAGUAUAAUGUGAAUAUAUCUGCCUUAACUCAAACCGAAAUCAAAGAUAUCAUAUUGGGUCAAAACAUCAAGGCCCCAUCUGUCAAAAGACAGAAAAUGGCUGAAUUGGAAGCUGCUAGAACUGAAAAGCAAGAUGGUGAAGAAACAGUCGGCGCAUCGACCGUUAUGAAAACCAAAACCAUAAACGCGCAAGGUGAGGAAAUAGUUGUGGUAACUUCUGCUGAUUAUGAAAGCCAAACAUUUAGCUCAAAGAAUGAGUGGAGAAAGUCUGCCAUUGCUAAUACAUUGUUACAUUUGAGAUUGAAAAACACCUACAUCUCAGCUGAUGACUUCGUGGAGGAGCAAAAUGUCUACGUUCUUCCGAGAAAUUUAUUAAAGAAGUUUAUUGAGAUAUCCGAUGUGAAAAUCCAGGUAGCUGCCUUCAUUUACGGUAGAUCAGCCAAGGAUCAUCCGAAGGUAAAGGAGAUUAAAACAGUUGCGUUAGUUCCUCAGUUAGGCCACGUAGGUUCCGUUCAAAUAAGUAACAUCCCUGACGUUGGAGGCCUCCCGGACACUGAAGAACUAGAGCUGCUAGGUUGGAUUCAUACUCAAACCGAAGAACUUAAAUUUAUGACUGCAGCUGAAGUAACAACUCACUCUACUCAUUUUGCAAACAAGAAAAGAGAUUGCAUUGAUAUUUCCAUUUUUUCUGCUCCGGGAUCCAUAUCGUUGAGUGCUUAUAAUCUAACUAAUGAAGGUUACCAGUGGGGUGAAGAGAACAAGGACGUAACAAAUUUGAUAUCUGAAGGAUUUGAACCUACCUUCAGCACGCACGCUCAACUACUACUCUCUGACCGUAUCAUGGGCAAUUUUAUAAUCCCAUCGAGAAAUAUUUGGAACUACACAUUUAUGGGCACAGCAUUCAACCACGAAGGUGACUACAAUUUCAAGUACGGUAUACCUCUGGAGUUUUAUAAUGAGAUGCAUCGUCCUGUACACUUCUUACAGUUUAACGAACUAGCUGGUGAUGAAGAGUUGGAAGCCGAACAAGCAGACGUGUUCAGCUAA